CUGCUGACAGCAAGGAUUCAUGCCUCACAGGCUCUGAAUGCGGGCUCCGCCUCCAAGGCCGCCUCUCUGCACUGGACAGCAGAGCGAGUGCUGAGCAUCUUGUUGCUGGCCAUGGCACCUGUAGCCUAUUAUAACCCCGGUCCUGUCAUGGACUAUUCUCUGGCUGCUGCCCUGACUCUGCAUGGCCACUGGGGUAUUGGGCAGGUGUUAACAGACUACGUUCAUGGAGACACAAAAAUCAAGAUUGCCAAAGCAGGUCUCUUCCUCCUGUCCACAGUCACUUUCUCUGGUCUUUGCUACUUCAACUAUAAUGACGUUGGCAUCUGCAAAGCCAUUGCCAUGCUCUGGAGCAAAUAAAUCUGACUGGACUGAACCUAGACACUGGCAUGGAAGCACACUCAUCCUGGCUGAUUGUAAAAGCUCAAGGUGUGUGUGUGUGUGUGUGUGUGUGUGUAAAAUCUUCUAUCAUUUGGAUAUUAUUACAGUGAUUCACAGGUGUGUAAAUUAAUGUUGAGCAAUUCAGGCUUGGCCUUGAUCAGUUUAGUUACAUUAAUGAUUAAGCAACUGGCCUCCAUUUUCUGACAUGUGGGAGAUGAGCUGGGAUUUAUGUUCAGCCUGGACUAAAUUUAAAUGGCAGCCCUAUGUAGAUUUUGAUCCCAAGCAACAACAUUUGCAAGUAUGAAAUGUCACUACCACUUGAACAGACAUUGACUGGGGACUGUUUCAACAAAGCAACUAUAGCAGGUAGUAGUAAUAGUGUCCUUUGACAUCUAAUUGAAUUUUUCUCCUUUUUUGCGCUUGUCUUAAAUGUACUUUUUUUUAAUGACAGUGUGUACAUGCUAUCUUUUGCUCUUAAACCCAUCAGGAAUAACAGGGCAGCAUGACACAUCUGAGCAGUGAGCGUUCACGUCGCCUCUGAUUUCACGUCGCCUCUGAUUUCACCCCAUUUACCAGUGACUGACAAGGUCCACUUACCAUUUUGUUUUCUGUAAUAGCCUUGUCAUAGCUGUCGGCUUGUACUGUUGUAUCUUGUCUGUCAGGAGCGAAUGCUGUUUAACUCCAAGGCAGAGGUUGUAUUUUUAAAUUUCUACCUUCAGUCAAGUGUGCAGUUCUGUGGUUUAUGCAAAGGGGAGUGAGAAGUCAAAAAGCAGACUGCGUUUGUGUGUGUGAGUACUGCAGCGCUAUUGAACUUUCAUUAAAGUUAAGGGAGGCUGAAUCCAAAACGUCCAGCAACACUCAGUCCCAGUGUGCAGCAGUGGCUAAUAUGUCUGACAGCAUACAGACACUUGUCAGCUAACGGUGUAAAUCAAAAUGUUAUGUCAGUAAACAGCUGACCAAGACCGUAUCAGUGUCAAUGUGAACACCUCUGUGACACUGAGUUGUAUUGUUUAGGAAUGACAAACUCCUUCACUGUGAGUGGGAACUUCAAAUUGAAAAAGGGAGGCAUUUUGAAAUUUUGGAAAAUUUAUUCAUUGUAUAUAUUUGGUGUACACUGCAUGCAUCUGUUGAUUAGCAUUACAGGUUGUGUUCAUCACUGAGUACUGGAUUCACUCUGCUGAAGCAAUGCUCCUGCAGUAAAUGUUUGAGCACUCAUGUUUGCUGUUGGUGUCUACAUGAAUCUGUAAUAUGAAGGGAUAAUAUGAAAUUGUCAUUUCACAUUAUCCCUACA